ACAGAGGUUUAUAAAAGUAGGUGGCUGGUUAAGUGCAUGGAGGAAUCUGAGAGUAGAUAAAUAAUGAAUGUUGAAAGCGCAACAGUAAACAGCAUUAGUUAAAGCCAAACUCUGGCCACACAGUCUCUCGGGAAGAAACAACCUUCACAAGUUUGGACCCGUAGAUGAGGGAGAGACACCAAGAACAAAAGAAAAGCGGCGGAGGCCCGGGAGAUCCCACUGUGAUUUGCGGUCCCUCACCUGCUCAAGGAGAUUGGCGGCGGCCCCGCGGGCGGGGCAAAGAGAACGUCACUUCCGGCCGCGACCCAAGAGGUCCUCUCGCGCUAUGACGGCCAGUGCGGAGGCGCGGGGGCGGCGCCCAGGAGUCGGAGUAGGAGUAGUGGUGACCAGCUGCAGGCAUCCUCGCUGCGUCCUCCUGGGGAGGAGGAAAGGGUCAUUUGGAGCCGGCAAUUUCCAACUUCCCGGGGGCCACUUGGAGUUCGGUGAAAGCUGGGAAGAAUGUGCUCAAAGGGAAACCUGGGAAGAAGCAGCUCUUCACCUGAAAAAUGUUCGCUUUGCCUCGGUUGUGAAUUCUUUCGUUGAGGAAGAGAAUUACCAUUAUGUCACUAUUUUAAUGAAAGGAGAGGUGGACAUGACUCAUGAUUCAGAACCAAAGAAUGUAGAGCCUGAGAAAAAUGAAAGUAAGAGAAUUAUAAAUAAUGCAUUUUCUAUGAGAGCAUAUGGUCUGAAGGAAGAUUACAUUAUGUUGCCAUAGGAAGAGAAUUAGAUUAGAAUAUAAUUAUAUUUCAGUUAGAAUGUAAAUAUCCUUAAAUCCUGGAUACAUAAGGACAGAACAGGAAAGAGAACUGGGCCUAGAGCCAGACUACUUGGUUCGCAUCCUGGUUCUUCUACUUAGAGGUUUGUAACCUUGGGCAAGUUAUUUAGGUCUCUGGGCCUCUUUUCUCACUUGUGACAGUAGUACCUACUUCAGAUGCAUUGUUGUAAGGAUGAAAUGAGUUAUUACAUACAACGGGCCUGGCCUGGUGAACACAGUAAGUACUCAGUAAAUGUUAGUUUUAUUGUUUAGUGUUUAAUUUUGUUUCACACUGUGAUUUUUAAGCAAAACAUUUAACGUGCCUUCCUCAGUUUUCUCACCUGUGCAAGAGAGGUAAAACUCUUUUAUAGAGAAUGCUUAACUUGACAAAACACUUAGCUGUUACCUUCUGUGUUGAAUUGAGUGCUCUGAAAGCUUUAAUGACAACUGAUAUUCUGUUAUUUACUGUGUACUAAGAAUUGUUCUUAGGGCUUUGCAUGUAUCAUCUCCAAAUUUCAUAAAACUGCAUGAUAAAAGGAACUAAAGAGUAAAAUAUCAAACUUAUUCAAUAUAUUAUUUGCCAUAAGAAACCUUAUCCAAGUGGUCUCAUGUAGGAUCACUCCUCUAAACGUUU